CUCAGCACAUAUCUUACUUAAACAGCCUGGCUCUGGUCCCUGUGGCUGAAGGACUUCACACACACACACACACACACACACACACACACACACACACACCACACACCACACACACACACACACACACACCACACACCACAGCACACACACACACCACACCACACACACACACUCACACACACACACCACACACACACCACACACACACCACACACACACCACACACACACCACACACACACACCACACACACACACACACCACACACACACACACCACACACACACACACCACACACACCACACACACCACACACACACACACACCACACACACACACACACACACACCACCACACACACACACACCACCACACACCGCACACGUCACUUCUGUGUUCCAGUAGGUGGUGGGGCGUGAACAGGGUGGAGUCUCAAGGGGGAAGAAAGGAGCCACAGGACAUCUUGGCCCAGUCCUAGUCCCCAGAGAUGUUGCCACCACCGCUGCUGCUGCUGCUGUGCCUGGUGCUGCUGGGGAAUUUGGAGCCUGCGGCCACACUGAUCCGAGUCCCUCUUCGCCGAAUCCACCCUGGACACAGGAUCUUCAGCCCACUGUAUGGAUGGGAACAGAGAGCAGAGCUUUCUAGGACCCCCACCUCCGGCGGCAAGACCGCCUUUGUGCCUCUAUCCAAGUUCAUGAACAUCGGCGGUAUCCACAAUGUUUCUGUGACCUUUGGAGAGGCUCUGUGGGAGCCCAGCCUGGUCUUUGCUUUGGCCCGCUUUGAUGGGAUCCUGGGCCUCGGCUUCCCCACUCUGGCUGUGGGAGGAGUUCAGCCUCCACUGGACGCACUGGUGGAGCAGCGACUGCUGGAGAAACCCGUCUUCUCCUUUUACCUCAACAGGGAUUCUGAAGGGUCUGAUGGGGGAGAGCUGGUCCUGGGGGGCUCGGACCCGGAUCACUACGUACCUCCCCUCACCUUCAUUCCAGUCACCAUCCCUGCCUACUGGCAGGUCCACAUGCAGAGUGUGAAGGUUGGCACGGGGCUGAAUCUCUGCGCCCAGGGCUGUGGUGCCAUCCUAGACACAGGCACAUCCCUCAUCACGGGACCCAGUGAGGAGAUCCGGGCCUUGAAUAAGGCCGUUGGGGGAUUUCCCCUCCUGACCGGGCAGUACCUCAUUCAGUGUUCCAAGAUCCCAGAGCUCCCCACUGUCUCCUUCUCCCUCGGUGGAGUCUGGUUUAACCUCACAGGUCAGGACUAUGUCAUCAAGAUUCUUCAGAGUGAUGUUGGCCUCUGCCUGUUGGGCUUCCAAGCCUUGGACAUCCCCAAGCCUGAAGGACCCCUUUGGAUCCUCGGGGACGUCUUUUUGGGGUCCUAUGUGGCCGUCUUUGACCGAGGGGACAAAAACAUCGGCCCGCGCGUGGGACUGGCGCGUGCUCGGUCUCGUGCAACAGGACGGGCAGAAAGAAAGGCUACGCAAGCGCAGUUCCUCAGAAGACGCCCUGGUUAGGGUACAUACACACAGGGCCACAGCAGCUAUGCUUCUUUCCAAUAAAAAAGAAAAAUCAACUUUU